AUGCUUGGAUUGCUAAGAUGCCAGUUCGAUCAGAACCAGAUUGGCAACAUCCACUCCGGUCCCCAUGAAAAAAGUUACCGGGAAGUGAAUUUGAUCAUGGAACAAUUCAAUGAAGAACAGGCAAGUUCUAUGCCAAACUCACCAAACCAAAACAGCAGACCAACCAGUAUGGUGAUCAAGGCAACACAUACUGUGAUUCCUGCUCACUUGGUAGCAGAAGCCAUAUCAACGCUUCAUGGUCUUGAUCUGAGAUGGUCAGGCCCCAUUACGCCUAGUGAGAGGCAGUAUGUGCAGCAGUAUGUUUUUGCAAAGUACCCAGAAUACUGCAAUGGACUUGUUGGAGAAGGAGACAAGAUUGAUUUAUACAGUCUCUGUGUCAAUGAUGAAUCAUCAGAAUCCAUGGCUGAUGACAGACGAAAAUCCCCGAUGAAUUCUGUUAGAGAGUCGUCUUCGCCUUCUUUUGGUAGUGGUACUCCUUCAGAUAUGGGCAAAAUUCAAUUGGAGCCUUCCAAAUUACUUGAUAUCCUGGCUAAGAAAACGUCAUCCCAGGGGAAUUUCGUUUCCAUCCCAGAAAUACAGGUGAGAAAUCGAGCCUUGCAGAAUUGUGGAUUGACAGAAGAGGAUUAUUUGGUGCUUUUUACACGUACUAGUAAGGAAGCGAUGAUGAUGAUUGGGGAAUCUUAUCCCUUCUUUAGAGGAAACUAUUACUUGACAAUUCUUGGAGAAGAGCGUGAUUGUGUAAGGGAAUUCGUACAGAAUAAGGAUUCAAAGGUUAUUGCAGCACCAGAAACAUGGUUGGAUUUAAGGAUCAAAGGAUCACAGCUUAGCCAAUACUUCAGAAGAAAAUGCAAAUAUAGUCCAAAAGGGCUUUUUGCUUACUCUGCUUGCGCGAAUGAAGCUCGUUUCUCCAUGCAUUGGAUAUCAGAGGCACAUAGAAAUUCUUGGCAUGUUCUUCUUGAUGCAACUGGUUUGGAUGUUGGGAAAAACCGGCUCACACUUGCACUGCAUCGGCCUGAUUUUGUCUUGUGCGCCGUUGAUAAUAUGCAUUCUCAACCCGCCAAGAUCACUUGCCUCUUAGUAAGGAAGAACUCAUUCGAUACUGCACCACUAUCUGUGUAA